CGCACUCCCCCCUCCGCGCUGCCGCGAUUCACCAGCAUCCUGCAGACAUGGACGUGGUCAACCAGCUGGUGGCAGGGGGACAGUUUCGUGUCGUGAAGGAGCCAUUGGGAUUCAUCAAAAUUCUUGAAUGGCUAUUUUCCAUCUUUGCCUUCGCAACAUGUGGGAGUUACACCGGAGAAUUCACCCUGAGCAUCGAGUGUAGCAACAAAACGGAGAGCAAGCCGAAUAUCAAAGUGGACUUUGAGUAUCCCUUUAAGCUGCACCAGGAGUACUUCGAAGCUCCAACAUGCCAGGGCGGCGCUACCACCAAGGUGUUUUUGGUUGGCGAUUAUUCCUCCUCUGCCGAGUUUUUUGUCACCAUAGCGGUGUUCGCUUUCCUUUACUCCCUUGGGGCACUUGCCACGUACAUCUUCUUACAGAACAAAUACCGCGAGAACAACAAAGGUCCCAUGAUCGACUGUAUAGUGACCGCCGUCUUUGCCUUCCUGUGGCUGGUAAGUUCAAGUGCAUGGGCCAAGGGCUUGUCUGACAUUAAGGUGGCUACCGACCCCGAGUUGAUCAAGGAAGGGAUCACCACAUGCAAGAGUCCAGAGAACACAUGUCAAGAAGUGAGGGAUCCCGUGAUGUCGGGGCUCAACACCUCUGUGGCCUUUGGCUUCCUGAACUGUGUAAUCUGGCUCGGAAACGUCUGGUUUGCAUUCAAAGAGACCGGCUGGACAACUCCAUUCAUGAAGUACCCACCACCAGCCCAGGAGAAACAGCCUGCUCCAGACUCCUACGCUCAGGGUCAGGGCUACGCUCAGCAGGACUCUUACGGACAACAACCAGGUUAUCAGCCCGACUAUUAUGGCCAGCAGCCCGAAUACAACCAACAGGGGUACAGCCAAGGGGGGUAUACCCAACAAGUUGCCCCAACCUCUUUCUCCAACCAGAUGUGAGCUGGUGAGUGUCUGGACGGCUUCUCCGCAGCCGAUCAGUGAGCUCAAGCUUCAGGUUGUGAUAUUCUGAUGUGCAGUGAUGCAGCCCGGCUGCCCGAGUGAAUAUUAAUGGGAGAAUGUCGUGUCCGUGCUGUUUAUAUAAUAUAUAAUAUAUAAA